AUGGUCCAAAUCACCUCUAUCCUUUUCGCCGCUAUGCUUGUUGCCCCCGCGCUCGCCGCUCCUGUAGUCAGCCACGAAUUCCACGAACACAAGCUCGAAGCUCGGUCGAGGAGCACCAUCCCUCAGUCCCUUAUCGAUAGCUUCAAGGGUCGGCCGGUAACUGUGCACCCACACCGCCGCGAUAUUGAGCAGAUCGAUGCGAGGGGUCGGGCGAUCCCCCAAACGAUUCUCGAUAGAUUCAAGGGCAGCACGGGACGCGGCCAACUCCACCGUCGUGACCUCCAGGACCUUGACGCGAGGGGGAGAGCAAUCCCCCAGUCCGUUAUCGAUAGAUUCAAUGACAGCAAGGAGUACGGCACGAUCCAUCGCCGUGACUUCAAUGAACUCGACGUGCGGGGGAGAGCGAUUCCCCAGUCUAUCAUCGACAGGUUCAAAAAUAGCAAGGACUACGCCGUACUGCAUCGUCGUGACCUCAACGAGUUCGAGGAGCUCGCUGCUCGCGAACCCACCUUUGGCAAGCUCUUUGAAAACAUGAAGAAAGUCACCAGGGAUUUUGCGCUCUGUGCGCGCGAGCUCGAAGGGUUUGACAAGUUGGAUUGA